CGCCUCGACAACGUCAUAAGUCCCAGACAACAUGGCUGCCGAUGCGAUGAAUACAAAACACGGAUGAUUUCGGGGGCAAAUUCUCAGCGUCCUGGCGUUAAAAAUUAAAAAUGUCCGACUCACUUGAAAUAAAAACUCUUCAGGACCGACUGGACCGGAUACAGGAGCUGGAAGAGUUCACCGAAAACUGUAAAAUACAGCUUGACAAGAUAUAUAAAACGUUAGGAUGGUCGCGAGACUACAACCGGGAACCAAUGGAGCUGUGUCCCUACGACCCCAACCACAGAGUCCCAGUGAGGAGCAUGGAGAAACAUAAAGCCUCCUGCAGCCUCCGGAAGAUGGGUUAUUCAUCUGAUGAGCAGGCGGAGAUGGUCGACCCGUCUGUGUGUUAUGAGAAGAGCAGCGUCAGAAGCUUCACGAUGGACAAAUCCACCCAGCACCAAGUGAUCCUGAAGGCGAGAUCUGCUGCGCCGCUGAUGAAGAUGGAAGGAGUCUUCUGGCAAGUGACAGUGGUCAGUACUCGGGCCAGCCUGUCGAUGUGCCUCAGAACCACAAGCGUGCCACGUGUGACCUCACCGUGGCCGACCGGUUGGCUCUCUACGAUCACGUGGCCGGUGUCUUCAGCCAAGAGAAGCAAGCCGCUUCCUCCAGCAAUGAUGAUCUUUAUGUAGAUUUGGUGUCCAAACUCCAGAAGGAUGAUCAACAGAAUGAACCAAAGACUCACCUGGAGCUGAUGGCAGAGAUGAGGGACUACAAGAGGCGGCGUCAGUCCUAUCGAGCCAAGAACGUUCACAUCACCAAGAAGUCUUACACAGAG